AUGACUGAGUACGACUUUUCGCCUGAGGCCUACGACGCCCACAUGCGCAAGAUGCGCGGUGUCGCCUCCUGGGCCCAACAGACUAGCCAGGCAACGAGCCCGACGCUGUCUCAGACCAAAUACUCUUACACAUCCUCCCCGACGUCGUACAACUCGCGCUCCCAGCCGUCCUCACAGCCGACCUCGCGUCCGCGAACAAGCAUGGACGGUAGCGCCCGCCACACCCGCGACCGCUCGCGGGGUAUUGAUCCGAGCAGCGUUCCGCGGCCCCCCUCGAGGCAGCGCGCCAACUCAAACGCCCGGCCGCCCCCGACACGUUCACGCACGUAUUCGUACACGGUGCAACCCCAACAAGGGGCCGUCAUACCCAACCAAGUCUAUCAGACCGGCGGGGUGGUGGCGCCUCAACCGAGGCGGCAGCACACCGUCCCGGGAUACGGCAACGCGGGCAACAACACACAUAUCAUUACGUAUGACCCUCACAGGCCUGUCGUACUGAAUCCCCAGCCGGGCGCGAAAUAUGAGAUGCAGGUCCAGUAUCCAUACAUGCCAGCUGCGCCCGUAGCCGCCACGCCCGCGCCGCGCCAACCGCCCUUGCUCAAGCGCCUCUUCACAAUGUGGAGACCGGCUUCCCGUGCCGCGUCUACGCAGCCAGAAAACAUCGCGCCCCGCCGCUCCGCUACACAGGCACACCAUCACCAUCACCACCGCUCGCAAAGCCGAGACGGACGCCACAGUGGUCGCACGUCUCGCGACAAUGGCCGCCACAGUCGGCGUCCGCGGCGAAACAGCAUUGCAUAA